CCACCUUUAAAGAAACAAAGGAAAACUGUAACAUCAUCAGAAGAUAGCGAAGGAGAAAGUGAGGAGUCUUCUGAUGAAGUUGAAGAAACAAAGAAACCAACAAAACGAAAUGCUAAAAAAGCAAAUAAGAAUCAGUCUUCGUCAAGUGCAGAGAGUAUGGAUGUAUCUGACAAUAAUUCAACCAAGAAAUCUAAAAAAGAUGUGAAGAAAUCAAAGACAUCGAGUAGCUCAAGUAGUGACAGUAGCUCAGACGAAGAUGGAGAAAAGAUAACGAAAGCAAAAGUUGUGAAGAAAGUUGUUUCCAAAAUGAAAGAUACUAGUUCUGAGAGCGAGAGCAGUGAAGAAGAAUCCCUAAGUAAAUCAAAAAUAACCAAGAAAAGUAAAGGUAAAGAGGACSAUUCAAGUUYAGAAAGUGAAGAAAGCUCGGAAGAUGAAAAAGCAAACAUUGCUAAAGAAACUAAAACUAAAAAGAAACAUGUGUUAGAAGAGAWGUCAGAUCCAGAAGGCGAUGAAAGCGCAAAGAAAGAAAAGAAAGCUAAGCGCAACAAAGGGAAAGCAAAGAAGAAAGAUUCAAGUAGCUCAGAAAGUGAUAAAAGUACAGAUGAAGAGCCAACAAAAACUAAAAAAGGCGUGAAAUCAAAGGAGUCUUCAACUAGUGAGGACAAUUCCGAAGUCUCUUCAAAUAAACAAAGGGAAAAAGUUAGUAAAAUGAAGAAAGAUUUAAAACAUAAAUCUCAAGCAAAGAAUAACGAAGAGUCAAGUUCUGAGUCAGAAAGUGAUGAUAGCUCAGAAAAUCAAUCUGACAAACCAGCAAAAAAGAGCAAAACGUCCACAGCAACGAAGAAGAAAAAGGAGACCUCAAGCUCAGAAUCUGAUAGCUCAGAGGAUGAAACACCCAAACAAGUUAACAAAAAGGUAGAAAGUUAUGAAGAGCAAACAUCAGAUAGCAGUGAAUCUGAGAGUGAAGAUGCAGCGCCAUUGAAGAAAAAAAGUAAGAAGAAAAAGGAGACAUCCUCUUCGAGUGACGAUAGCUCUGAAGAAGAAAAGAAACCUAAAGAUAAAAAACAAAAGAAAAAACCACAAGAUGGUACUUCAGAAGAAUCAUCAAGUGAAGAGGGUCAGAAUUCAUCGAUUCAAAAAGCUAUUAAGAAACUUACUAAUGGACAUUCUAACCAAUCAGACUCACAAUCAGAAUCAAGCAAAGAAGCAGACUCUGAUGAGGAACGGCAGAAAACCAAGAAAAAGAAGAAAAAAGAGUCUAAGACGCGAAUGUCGUCAACACCUUUUCCAGUCAAUGAAUCUGAUUCGAAGAAAAACACUAUGAAUGGUUCUUCCAAAAAGACCCCAUUUCGUCGUGUUGUAGAGGAACACGUAGAAGUUGACCCACGACUGCAGGACAAUAGCUUUGAAGCAAAGUUGGGAGCCACUGGUGACUGGGGUGAGAGAGCAAACAAGGAUCUGAAGUUCACUAAAGGAAAAUCGUUUCGUCACGAGAAGACGAAGAAGAAACGAGGAAGUUAUAGAGGAGGCGCCAUCAACACUUCUGUAAACUCCAUUAAGUUUGAUAGUGAUUAAACAGUACUGAACGUUCCU